AUGUCGACUGAGAAUCCGAAGAUUCUUCCUAGCUCUGUGAGCUCGGAAAAGACAGGCAGUGUUCCGCGUAGUGCCAUGCGAAAUAUCAAGCCUGAAGCUGGCUCUGGAACGCUAGGAACGUUCGGUGUCAAGAGUGGUUUGGCACAGAUGCUCAAAGGCGGCGUGAUUAUGGAUGUCGUGAAUGCGGAACAAGCUCGCAUUGCUGAGGAGGCUGGUGCUUGUGCAGUCAUGGCUCUAGAGCGCGUGCCUGCGGAUAUCCGUGCAGAUGGUGGUGUUGCACGCAUGUCUGAUCCCGCCAUGAUUCAAGAGAUCAUCGAUGCUGUGACAAUUCCAGUCAUGGCAAAGUGCCGCAUUGGUCACUUUGUCGAGGCCCAAAUUCUUCAGUCUAUUAACGUAGACUACAUUGAUGAGAGUGAAGUUCUGACACCUGCUGAUGAGGAACACCACAUCAACAAACACAACUUCAAGGUGCCGUUUGUGUGUGGUUGCCGCAACCUCGGCGAGGCCCUCCGUCGCAUUAGUGAGGGCGCAGCUAUGAUACGCACCAAGGGUGAGGCUGGCACUGGAAAUGUCGUCGAGGCUGUACGUCACCAGCGUACUGUACAAGCGGAAAUUCGUCGCGCUGCCAGUAUGAGCGACGACGAGCUGUACUCGUAUGCACGGGAAAUCCAGGCUCCAUUCCAUUUGCUUAAAGAAACAGCACGGUUGAAGCGUCUUCCCGUGGUCAACUUUGCUGCUGGCGGUGUAGCGACUCCUGCUGACGCGGCGCUGAUGAUGCAAUUGGGCAGUGACGGCGUGUUUGUGGGGUCAGGGAUAUUCAAGGGCGCUAACCAAGCCGAACGUGCCAAGGCCAUUGUACAGGCUGUGACGCACUACAAUGAUGCGGCUAAACUUGCAGAAGUUUCUACGAAUUUGGGCGAAGCUAUGGUGGGAAUCAACAUUACUGAUGACAUGAAGGGCGGUAAGUUGGCGUCGCGCGGAUGGUGA